GGGAGAUAAGCAAGGCAAAGGCACGGAGAGGACCUGGCCCUGCAAGCUCCCCACACCACCCCUGCGAUCAGUGCGGGUUGGAGCUGCAGGGUGAGACUAUUAGCCACCAGGGACAAUGGUCUUGCAUUCACUACCUGAGUGAAAGCCAGGGGUCUGUGGCUCUUCCAUUUCCUCGCCCUUGCCCUUGUCAAGCCUGAGUGACGAUGUCAGGAGCCUCCAAGGAGAAUCUGGGCCCCCAGGGCCUGCCAGUGUUGAGCAAGGCCUGCCUCACUGCCAUGGACAACAAACUUAAUGUGCUGAAUGCGAAGGUAGACAAACUCCUGCAUUUCCAGGAAGAUGUCACAGAGAAACUGAACUGUAUGUGCCAGGGCAUGGGCAACCUGGAGCAAGGCCUGCAGCGGUUGGAGGCCUCCCGACGGCUGGGCCUGGUCGGAGCCGACUGUGCUCCUGCAGCUGAUGCUCAGGCUGCAUGGCCUCAGGUUCUGGAGCUGGUAAAGGCUGUGCGGCAGGACGGUGCCCAGCGUGGUGCCGGGCUCGAAGCCCUCUUCAGGAUGGUGGUGGCUGAGGACAGGGCCAUAGCUCUGGUGGGAACUGCGUUCCAGAACUCGAAGUUAGUGGAUUUCAUCAUGCAAGGGAGGAAAGGCAGCCUGGAUGAUGGCCCUGAGGAGAAUAAAGAGCCAGUGGAAGAGAAGGGAGCAAAACCAAAGCAUGCACUGAACACCAGGGCUGUGCACGCUGGCAUCAGGGGGCCUCCGGAAGAAAGCCAAACACUGGAUUUGCCAGAUGGGACACUGGAGAGCCUGCUCCCCAUUACAGCAUCAGGGAUGGGAGUAGACCUUCUCGCCCAGACAGGGAUCUCACCAGGGCAGGGAUAUGGAGUUCCUGGCCUUGGCCAGGUAACCCCUGGUGACCUGCUGCUGCUCACAGAGGCCUGUGUCGAAGUUCCAGAAACAUCUAGUGAGAAGCUCGGAAAUGGCCUGGAAUCAUCUGCAGCACCUGAUGGGGUUGGUAAGGCAUCUACCAGCCAGGAGAUGACAUCAGGUGCAAGACAAGGAGCAUCAUCCAGCAGGCCAGACGCUCGGCCCUCAGAGGAGGGCAUGAGGCUGACAUCAGGGUCCACGCCUCCAUCUGCGGGGUCUUUGGGGCUAGCAGCCCUGGCCAGGAUGGCUCACAGUGGUGGAGAAGUGCCUCACAGGAUCUCCGUUGAUGUGCACCAGAUGAAUACGCCUGAGGAACUGCUUGUGACACGAGGGGGCAGCCUUAGACCCGCUCUCCCUACAGAGGCUCCAACAGCUGCCCAUCCAGGUGAGCAGGACCUGCCUGGGCCCGGAUGCUGCCCCCAGGCCACUACAACUGAGUCAGGAGAGCAGACUUCCCGAGGAGCCCGGGAGAUUCCCCCGCCACUGAGGAGGAGCAGCCCCUCAGCAGAUGAAGAGAAGCAGUGGUCCGGGGCUGAGCCCAUCAUAGGACCAAGUCUGGCCAGAAGGGACAAAGGCGAUGUUGCUGACGAGGCCCUGGGGAUACAGCAGGAAACAGGCCCAGGAGCAGGACCCCCAGGCCCUGUGAGGGACUGCACACCUGGAAGCUUGAGGAGAGCCGGAGCAGGAGGGCAGCUGCCCCCAGGUGCUGAGGCUAGCAGCAUGGUUCUGGAUGACAGCCCAGCCCCCAGAGCCCCCUUUGAGCACCGGGUGGUGAGUGUCAAGGAGACUCCGAUCUCUGUGAGCUACACAGUGUGCCAGCACCAAGUCUUGGGAGGGGGUCGAUUUGGCCAGGUCCACAAGUGCAUGGAGAAGUCCACAGGCCUCCCACUGGCUGCCAAGGUCAUCAAAGUGAAAAGUGCCAAGGACAGGGAGGACGUGAAAAAUGAGAUCAACAUCAUGAACCAGCUUAGCCAUGUGAACCUGAUCCAGCUCUAUGAUGCCUUUGAGAGCAAGAACAGCUUUAUCCUUGUCAUGGAGUAUGUGGAUGGGGGUGAACUCUUUGACCGGAUCACGGAUGAAAAGUACCACCUGACCGAAUUGGACGUAGUCUUGUUUACCAGGCAGAUUUGUGAGGGAGUACAUUACCUCCACCAACACUACGUCCUGCACCUAGACCUCAAGCCAGAGAACAUACUGUGUGUCAGUCAGACAGGACACCAAAUUAAAAUCAUUGACUUCGGGCUGGCCAGAAGGUACAAGCCUCGGGAAAAGCUGAAGGUGAACUUUGGUACUCCUGAAUUCUUGGCCCCGGAAGUUGUCAACUAUGAGUUUGUCUCUUUCCCCACUGACAUGUGGAGCGUGGGAGUCAUCACCUAUAUGCUACUCAGUGGUUUGUCCCCAUUUCUAGGGGACACAGAUGCAGAGACCAUGAAUUUCAUUGUGAACUGCAGCUGGGACUUUGAUGCUGACACCUUUGAAGGACUGUCAGAAGAGGCCAAGGAUUUUGUUUCCCGUCUACUUGUCAGAGAAAAGAGCUGCAGAAUGAGUGCCACCCAGUGCCUGAAACAUGAAUGGCUGAACGAUUUGCCUGCCAAAGCCUCAAAAUCCAAAGUUCAUCUCAAAUCCCAACUACUCUUGCAGAAAUACAUGGCCCAGAGAAAAUGGAAGAAACAUUUCUACGUGGUGACUGCUGCCAAUAGGUUAAGGAAAUUUCCAAUUUCUCCUUAAUAAUCAACCCUUCUGCCCAGAAAUUACUGACGCCAUUAUUGAUCUGAAGAGAUGACUCAAGAUUUUAAAUAAUGUUAUUUUAGUAUUAAUUCUUCUAAUUUUGUAAAAAGAAAAUAAAGUUGACUGUUGCUUUCCUUUUGACUGUGAAGAAAGCAUUUUAGAAACUUUUUCCCCCUAUAGGAUCACUAAGUUUGAAACGCUGUGUUUACUUUUCAAGUAUUAAAAUGUAGGCAUGCUUAGGUAAGUAGUAAAGGCCCUACUUUGGAUAUGUCAAAUUUAAAUUUGAAACUUAGCUAUUAUGCAAGGGCAUGUUUCUCACAAUUACCUCUUCCAGUGCAAAUGUUCCACUGCAAAGAAUUCCUAGAAUUUUGAUCUGCUUAUGUGUGAGAAAAUCUUGUACUUUUCUACUCUAGUGUCAAGCUGUAUGGAUUUAGACAGUGAUCUCUCCCAACUUGUUUAACUUAUAUUUUCUUAAGAAUCAACACCAACACACUUCCUUUAAUUUUGUGUAAAAUUUCAAAAUAUAUCAAUCGUGACUAAAUCUGAAAAUUUUUCACUUGAUGCUAGACAAAAGGCCAAAAAGUGAUUAAAUCUGAAAGUUUUGAAUGUGUUUUUAAAUUCUAUACCCACCUUCAUUCUCUCUCCUACCUCUGCGGUCUUGACCCUCAUUUUUUGAUUAUGAACUUCUGGUCUUGUAAGCCUGGAAAUUGAUAUGCAAGAUAUGAAGUGAGAUAAGAAUGCAAUGAUGUUCACCUUUCUGAGAGAAACACAAAAAUGAUACAGUAUGAAGCAAUAAAGAAGUGCUCUUCUACUACUUUAUUAAAGAUAUAUGACUUUCA